GAGGGGAGCAACUUCCAAGCGCGAGCAAGCCGCCUCGAGUGCAGCGCGCACCGGAGAGCAGCCGAAGCGCGGGAUGUGAGACGAAGCUGACCCGGGGGGGGAGACGCAACUCGCCGAACAAAACCGGGGGCUCCGUGUCGCUCUUUUGCCACCUUCCUCGCUCCAAGGAAGACCCCCCCCCGCCGGCGGCUAACAACCCCACCGACUUCUUUAUGCUCUCGCGGCUUCGCCCCCUCCCCGGCGUUGGGUGACUUCCCCCCCUCUUUCCUCCGGGCGCAGAAGCUCCUCCGAUCGCCGAGGCGAGGCGGCCGUCCAACAUGCCCGAACAGCUCAGCGUCUCGGAGUUCGUGGCCGUGACUUCGGAGGACCUCAGCUCGCCGCUGGCGUCCGGCUUCGCCGCCAAGAUGCAGAAGUGCCGGGGCGCGGUGGGGGCGCUGGAAGAGAGUCUGGAUGGAGACCAAGCCAUUCUUCAGCGGAUCAGGAAAUACGUGAAGGCGAUUCAUGUUUCUGGGCUCACACAUGUGGAGAAUGAGGAUCAAUACAGCGAAACUCUGGAGAACUUUGGCAAUAAUCAUCUUUCUCAGAACAACCAUGAACUUUCCACCGGAUUCCUCAACUUGGCUGUUUUCACCAGGGAAGUGACAGCCCUUUUCAAAAACCUGGUGCAGAAUCUGAACAAUAUCGUCUCCUUCCCACUGGACAAUCUGUUGAAAGGGCAGUUGAAGGACACCCGGCUGGAUUCCAAGAAGCAAAUUGAAAAGGCCUGGAAGGAUUAUGAGACCAAAAUUGCAAAGCUGGAAAAGGAGAAGGAGCGAGCCAAGAUAUCUGGAGUCAUCCAGACUGAACCAAUGGCCCCCGAAAUCACUGAGGACCUGCAGAAGGAACGCCGCACUUUCCAGCUGCAGAUGUGUGAGUAUCUUCUGAAAGCCAACGAGUGCCAAAUGAAGCAAGGGCCAGAUUUUCUGCAGAGCCUCAUCAAGUUUUAUCAUGCACAACAUAAUUUCUUCCAAGAUGGCUGGAAGGCAUCUCAGAACCUCUACCCAUUCAUCGAAAAGCUAGCCGUCUCCUUACAUGCACUUCGCCAGGCUAAGGAAGAGGAGGUGAAGCAGCUCACUCGGAUCCGUGAUUCCCUCCGAAGCAUCCUGCAGCUGGAAAACAAAGGGGAGAACCUCAACAGAAAGAACUCUGGCAGUGGGUAUAGCAUCCAUCAGCAUCAAGGCAAUAAGCAGUAUGGGACUGAGAAGUCUGGCUUUUUGUAUAAGAAAAGUGAUGGGAUUCGGAAGGUGUGGCAGAAGAGGAAGUGUGGGGUGAAAUACGGAUGUCUCACCAUUUCUCACAGCACAAUAAACCGUCCUCCUGUAAAGUUAAACCUAUUGACUUGCCAAGUGAGGCCUCAUCCAGAGGAUAAAAAGUCCUUUGAUCUUGUGACACACAAUAGAACAUACCACUUCCAAGCAGAAGAUGAGCAAGACUGUGUAGUGUGGGUGUCAGUGCUGCAGAACAGUAAGGAUGAGGCACUUAGCAAUGCUUUCAAGGGGGACCCAGGAGGCUGCGUGUCUUCAGCUGGAUUGCAAGAACUCACCAAGCUUAUCAUUGACGAAGUGAAAAACAUGCCAGGAAAUAGACGGUGCUGUGACUGUGGAGCCCCAGAUCCCACAUGGCUCUCCACCAACCUUGGCAUCUUGACAUGUAUCGAGUGCUCAGGGAUUCACCGUGAGUUAGGGGUGCACUAUUCCCGCAUCCAGUCGUUGACUCUAGAUGUGCUCAGCACAUCGGAAUUGUUGCUGGCUGUCAGCAUUGGAAAUGCCAAGUUUAAUGAAGUCAUGGAAGCUACCUUGCCAGCCCAGAACAGCCCCAAACCCUCCUCGAGCAGCGAUAUUUUUCCUCUUCCCAAAUGCAGGAAUACCAGGAAGGAAUUCAUCAUGGCAAAGUAUAUGGAGCGCAAGUAUGUUCACAAAUCUACCAAGGAAGAGCCUUACCGGCUCUGGGAAGCGAUCAGAAGCAGGGAUCUCUUGGCGCUGCUCCAGGCUUUUGCUGAAGGCCAUGAUCUGUCCAAACCUCUAGUGAGCCCUGAUGGUCAGGAACAAGGUGAACAGGCCUUGCAUUGGGCUGUACGCUACGCCAACAAAACUUCGCUUCCGUUGGUGGAUUUCAUCAUUCAGAAUGGGGGAAAUCUGGACCGACCCACUGCAGAUGGGAACACAGCUUUACACUAUGGAGUCCAGUAUAAUCAGCCCAAUUGCAUCAAGUUGUUGCUGAAAGGGAAAGCUUCUACAAAUGCAGUAAAUGCAACUGGUGAAACACCUCUGGAUAUGGCAAGAAGAUUCAAGCAUGCUGAAUGCAAAGACUUGCUGGAGCAGGCCCAGGCAGGGAGGUCAGCUAUGCAGAUGCAUGUGGACUACGACUGGGAAACUUCUCAGGAGUUCUCUUAUGACAGUGAAGAUGAGCUGGAUGAAAAGGUGAGCCCACUGCAGCGAUCUUUUGGGUCCUCACCAUCUCCAACCACUGGCCAGCCCACUCUUUUCCCUUCAAAUCGGUGGGGCUGCUCUGGCAUGGAUAUCAGCAACAAGACCUACGAGACCGUUGUGAUCCCUUCACAGUCUGGUCAGCGAAGCUCAACCAGUGAGGAGACCCCCCCACCACUGCCACUCAAAAAGCCUCCCAAAGGGAGUAGCAAACCAAAACCAGAUGCCUCUGAAUCACUGCCCCAUUCACCAGAUAGCCCCGACAUUUGGAACUCAUCCAUUCCCAGCAUCCCCAGUGUGAUGGAGGGUGGCCCAGUCAGGCAGCUGCCCACCUUCCGUAACUCUAUGGAAGUCAAAGGUACAGCCUACUGGGAAACGUGUUCUGAAGUCGAGGGUGCAUCCCAUCGGCGAAGAUCAGAGCCUUACCAGAUGACAGCCCUGCAGCCUUCCCCUGGAACUUCUCCUGAACCAGGACAGACUCCCCCAGUCAGGUUCAGCUCAGAGAGCACCAGGUCCUAUCGACGGAUCAGUAGCAGCUCGAUGGGUAAAUUUUCUGGCACCCCCCUUUCCCCGCAGAGCCCCGGUUGCCCGGAAGAAGUGCCUUUGUGCAAAACUGUGAUGCCAGGGCCAGCACCUCUGCCCGUGCCAACACCAAGAAGAUUUGCUCCAGCCAAGGGACGGUUAAAGCGAGUCAAGGCUGUGGCUGACUGCAAGGGGGACAAGGCCCGGGAGUUGACUUUCUCCAAGGGGGAAGUAAUUGUAGUAACACGGGAAGAGGAUGAGCAAAACUGGGUUGGAUUCAUUGAAGGUGAUGGCACAAGGACAGGCGUCUUUCCCUCCAACUUUGUCCACCCAUUGCAAGACUGAUGGGACCCGGUGUCUAGUCUUCUCUGAAAAGAUGAGCCAGCAUUACCUGCUCUGUAGAUGGACAGGAUGUGCAGGCUUGCUAAAUCUCUAUAGAGCCUGCUCUUCAUGGGAUGUCAUCUCCUUAUUCAGCUCCAUGAUAAUGUUGCUGGGAAGAAACUACAGAAUCUGGCUUUUGAGGCUCUUUUUAGUAGGCAAAAAGGGGAGGGGCAAUGGAGAAAGGACAUAUAUGUCAAUAUGGCUUGAUGGACUACUUUUCGUUCUUUUAAUUGAAGGGGAUAGUAUGUCACAUUCAUCAUGUAAUCUAGAGGCUCCACUACAAAAUCAUCUCUUUUCUCCAUUUGGUCUCAUUUAGCUUGUUCUGUGCCCACUUUGAGCAGUUGAAGGUUGGGUCCAAGUUCCCCAGCACACCAUUUGAUUUUGUACCAAUCUCCGUUUCCAUAAUGUCAACAGCCAUGAGGGAGCUGACAUAUUUAGAAAGCAGUUUUGGGGGGGGGGGAAAUGCAGGGAAUCAACGCUGAAGAUUGUUUGGGAAAUGAGGGGGGGUAGGGCUUCUGUAAUUCCUGCUCCAAUUGUAUGAGUCACCUUCGUGUUUUGUCCUUGGGGAAUUAAUUCAUCUACUGCGGGACAUAUGUCUCUCUGCGAUAGAAGAUUCUGGAUUUUGCCUCAGUCUGGUUGACAUUGUUAUUAACUCAAACCAAAUGGGUUUCUGCUGAGCAAAGUAAAGCUACCUGGUUUUAUCAGAAUUUGUCCCCCUUCUAGGAUAGCAUUCCCUUUAAACAACUUUGUUUUUAAAAAAAAGCUUGUUGGGUAAAAAUCCCUGCUGUGCAAAAUUGUUUUAAAAAUGGUGGAGGCAAGAACUAGUGUCUGAAAGGGACAAGGGGCCAUUUUAGAAAUCUGCAAAAAAUCUUUGGGUCAGCACUGUCAAGCUUAUUUGUAGUCCUCUGUUUUCAAUAUGUAGAAAGUUUGAAACAUU